AUGGGUCAGACCUUGUCGGAGCCGGUGGUCGAGAAGACAUCGUCCGAUGGUGAGGAUGAGUGCUGUCUGUAUGGUGUCUCGGCCAUGCAGGGCUGGCGUAUCAGCAUGGAAGAUGCCCACGCCGCCGUCCUCGAUCUUCAAGCCAAGUACACCGGUAGUGAUGAUAACCAACCGACCGAUCCGAGCAAGCGUCUAGCCUUCUUUGGUGUGUAUGACGGUCACGGUGGAGACAAGGUCGCGCUCUUCGCGGGGGAGAACCUUCACAAGAUUGUUGCCAAGCAGGACUCGUUUGCCCGUGGAGAUAUCGAGCAGGCGCUGAAGGACGGAUUUUUGGCUACUGACCGUGCUAUCCUCGAAGAUCCUAAGUAUGAGGAGGAGGUUUCCGGAUGUACUGCCUCGACUAGCAUUAUUUCCAAGCACAAGAUCUGGGUGGCCAAUGCCGGUGACUCUCGAUCCGUUCUUGGUGUCAAGGGCCGCGCAAAGCCCCUUUCUUUCGACCAUAAGCCUCAAAACGAAGGCGAGAAAGCACGUAUCAGCGCUGCUGGCGGUUUCGUUGACUUUGGCCGUGUGAACGGCAACCUCGCCCUUUCCCGCGCCAUUGGCGAUUUCGAAUUCAAGAAGAGCCCCGAGCUGGCUCCCGAGCAACAGAUUGUGACCGCGUUCCCCGAUGUGACCGUGCACGAGUUGACCGAUGACGAUGAGUUCCUUGUCAUUGCUUGUGAUGGAAUCUGGGAUUGCCAGUCUUCUCAACAGGUUGUCGAGUUCGUCCGGAGAGGCAUCGCCGCUAAGCAAACACUGUCCCAGAUCUGUGAGAACAUGAUGGACAACUGCCUGGCCUCAAACAGCGAGACCGGCGGUGUCGGCUGCGAUAACAUGACCAUGACGGUGAUCGGUCUUCUCAACGGCAAGAGCAAGGAGGAGUGGUAUACCCAGAUUGCAGAGAGGGUUGCGAACGGAGACGGGCCUUGUGCUGCGCCCGAGUACGCCGAAUUCCGCGGUCCCGGGAUCCGGAACCAAUUCGAGGAUCAGCCUGAUGAGUACGACCUGGAGAUGGAUCGCUCGCGGGCCUUUAGCGACCGAUCAGGCCGGAUCAUCUUGCUGGGCGAUGGCACCGAGAUAAUCGCCAACCAGAAUGAGGAAGAACUGUUCGACCAGAGCGAAGAUCAGGAUUUAGUCAACCAGGUGAACCCAACUGGAACCAGAAAUGCUCGUGAGGACACCCCCGGUCCGCAGGGCAAGGAGGCUGGCGCUGCGCAAAUAUCCGAGUCGCCCGCCUCGACCGACGACAAAGACAAGCCCGGCUCCUCGUAG